AUGGACCUCGGCUCGAUUUCAGGGGGGAAAGGCAAUGGUCCCCGCUUGUUUUGCGGGCACGUCCCAAAGGAAGUGGAUGAGAUGGCUGUGAAGGCCCAUUUCUCCCAGUGGGGCCCUGUGACAGAUGUUUACUUCCCCAGACACAAGAAGACCCUCAAGCGCCGCCCUUUCUGCUUCGUCACGUUUGCAACCAUCGAGGGCCUCAGGGCUGCCCUGACCGGGUCCCCCCUGAACAUCUGCGGGCACCCCAUAAAAUCGCUGACGGCCGUGGAGGAUCGCAAUGCCUACUACCGUGAGAAGCACGCCAGCGCGCCUUGCUGCCAGCUCGAGCGUGGGGGCGGGGCCCCUCCCAUGUCCCGCCAGCCCCACUACGGCGUCUCAGACAGGCUGUUUGGCAGUGCACACGCUCCCGCGCCGGCGGGGAACCUGCUGGAGAUACAGCAGCUGGCUCAGCUGCUCGCAAUGACGUCGACCAUGGGCGCCGUGCCCCCAACCCCCGUGCGCCCGGGGCAUGGCCCGAUGACAGGCCACGGCGCAGCUCAGGGCCCGGUCGCCGGGCCCUUCUAUGCACCGGGGGCGGCGCUGCAGCAGCAGCACCAGUAUCCCGUGGGGCAGGAGACGGUGCACCCUGCGGCCGAGUACCUCAACGGACUGAGGCGGGUGCAGGAGCUGUACCUGCCCACCACCCAGGCGCAGCGCAACACCCAGGCCGCCCUGGAGGCCCUCCUCCGCGCGCCUGGCCCGGGUGGCCAGCAGGGCCCGCCGCAUGUUGGCGCAGCGGGUCGGGCGGCCACGCCGCCCUCGCUUGGGCCGGAGGCCCUCCUCGACACCGAGUGCGGCCGCGGCCUGGGGUCGAGUCGUGGGCUGGACAUACCAGAGAGCCUGUCGCUGCCGGCUGAGGAGGCCUUGCCCCGUGCCACCCCCGUCAGGGCGCCUAUUGGCCCCCUCCUCACCUUCUGGAUUGUAUUUGAUUGA